CAGUACCUGGAAGGCUGAGAGGCUGUGAUAUACAGAGUGAGGUAAUCAGGUUUUACACAGCAGGUUCAUUCACCAUAGUCUCUCCUGUCCAAUCACAGUCAUGGACUGGGUCUAUUCAACACUCUGGCUGCUGGGUGUGUCUGUGUGUGAGUUUUGGGUUCCAGUCUCUUCUGCAGUGAUUGGCUGUGGGGAACCUGAACCGUUGCUGAAUGGAAGGGUGGCAUUCAUAUUUGGCUCUCAGAACCAGCACCUCUCAGUCAUUCAGUACCACUGCAAUGAGCAGUUCUACAGUCUUCCUGAAGGACAUAACGGAAACUUCACAUGCUCAUCAGACGGACAGUGGAAAGACCGCCUGAACAGCUCACUGAUUCCUCAAUGUAUCCCAGUGUGUGGUCGUCCUACAGUGAACCUCCCAGGAUUUGGAAGGAUUUUGGGGGGAAAGCCAGCUCCAGCUGGAUCCUUCCCCUGGCAGGUGUUGCUGAUAGUAAAUGGUAGAGGAGGAGGGAUAGUGAUCGGGGACCGCUGGAUCAUGACUGCAGCACAUGUCCUGGGUCAAUUUCCCAUGCGGUUUCCUAUGGUAUAUGUUGGACACAACAAUGUGGAAAACCUCCUCCAGUCUCCUACUCUUGAGGUCGCCUCAGUCCAUAUUCACCCUGAAUACAACAAUGUAGAUUAUGUAAACUAUGACCAUGACAUCGCCCUGAUCCAUCUCAAACAUCCAAUCACAUUCAACGCUCAUAUCAUGCCACUGUGUCUGCCACCAAAGGAUGCUAAAUACCCGACUUGGCGGAAUGGCUUAAUUUCAGGAUUUGGCCUGAAAGAAAAUGAAAUGUCUACCAAUAACCUCAUGUAUGUUCCUCUACCUGUGGUAAACCAGACAAUCUGUAGAAAUUCUAUUGACAGAGUGAGAAUGGAAAAGAAUCUCAGUCUAACAGACAACAUGUUCUGUGCUGGGAAUUCUGAGGGAGGCAAGGACUCCUGUAGAGGAGACAGUGGAGGAGCGUACGUCCUGAAGGAGGGUAAUUAUUUCUGGGCAGCAGGGAUCGUCAGCUGGGGGAUUAACUGUGGAGAGCCUGGUAAAUAUGGGGUCUACACCCGUGUGGCUAACUACGUAGACUGGAUCAAGAAGACCAUAGAGGAGGAAGAGCAAAAAACAAUCUGUGGAAGACCCUUGGUGUCUUUAGAAAUACACCAGAGGAUUCUGGGAGGAGAGGUAGCUCCAAAAGGAACAUUUCCCUGGCAGAUGCUUCUCAGUGUGGAAGGAGGGCGAUCAGGAGGGAUGGUCAUCGGGGACAGAUGGAUCCUGACUGCUGCUCAUGGCCUGGUGCAUCAACAUAACAACCAAGUCAUUAAGAAGAGUGAAGUUAUGGCAUACGUUGGCGACAACAAUGUGGAAAACCUCCUUCAGUCUCCACCUCUUGAAGUGGCCUCUCUCCAUCCUCACCCUGGGUACAACAACACAGACGGGUUAUCCUUCAACCACGACAUUGCCAUGAUCAAGCUCCAGCACCCACUCACAUUCAGUAGUUCCAUCAUGCGAGUGUGUCUGCCUGAAAAGGGUGCUGAAUACUCCACUGGAAGAGUUGGCUGGGUUUCAGGUUUUGGCCUCAAAGAUGAUGAUGAAAUGCCCAGUAACCUCAGGUAUGUCCGGAUUCCCCUGGUGGACCAGGUGAAGUGCAGAAGCUCUAUUGAUGAGGCGAGGAAGAAGAAGAGAGAAGCCCCUGAUUUGACAGAUGGCAUGUUCUGUGCCGGGUUACCAGAGGGUGGAAAGGACACCUGUGCAGGGGAUGGUGGAGGGCCGUAUGUCCUGAAGUAUGGGGGAGUUUUCUGGGCAGCAGGGAUCGCCAGCUGGGGAAUUGACUGUGGAGAGCCAGGCCAAUAUGGGGUCUACACCCGCGUAGCUAACUACGUAGACUGGAUCAAGAAGACCAUGGAGAAUUGAAAUUAUGGCUGAAAAAUUAUGCAAGAAAUGUUUGAGUUUGUCGAGGAUAGCAGGAAAUAUAAAAAAUAAACAUUAGAUAUGUUUUUUAUUGAAUUAAGGGUUUUCUGUAACUGGAGCAUAUUAAAUACAUUUUAAGUCUG